AUGUCGAAACGAAAGUCCGAGGAACCCUUGGAAAAGGUCCUAGUCGAUUCGUCUCCACCGAACAAAAGAGUGCGCAUUGACGAUGUCCCUGAAGAAGAACCCGUCGCAAACGGCGACCACAACGCCACAGAAGGCAGGACUACAUUAGACGCGGCGCAAUCCGAGCAGAUUGUCGAUGAAGAUGAAUCGGAUGCUGAGGACCUUGAAGAUGACAAUGCCCCAGUCGCGCCGUUGCGACAGAGUGCUCCAACCGAAGGCUAUAGUGAUUUGUACCUAGACACGGUCAAUCGAUCCUUGCUCGAUUUCGACUUUGAGAAGCUCUGUUCCAUCACCCUCUCGAACAUCAACGUCUACGCCUGCCUAGUAUGCGGAAAGUAUUUCCAAGGGCGGGGUCCGAAGUCCCAUGCCUAUUUCCACGCCCUCGAAGUCGACCAUCAUGUGUAUAUCAACAUGGAAACGAAGAAGGUCUACGUCCUACCUGAAGGUUACGAAGUGCACAAUAAGAGCCUGGAGGAUAUCAAAUACGUGGUCGACCCCAAAUUCACUGAGGAGGACGUCAGAAAGCUGGACAAAGAGCCCAAGGAAUCGUUAGAUCUGGCCAAGAGAAAGUACAGGCCUGGAUUCAUGGGCAUGAACAACAUCAAGGCCAACGACUACCUGAAUGUGGUGGUGCAGACAUUGGCGCACGUGGCUCCGCUGAGAAACUUCUUCCUGCUACACUCCUUUCCUCACACGGCGCCGCAGCUUCCCGUCCGGCUCAGCACGCUCGUGCGAAAAUUAUGGAACCCGAAGGCGUUCAAGUCGCAUGUGUCGCCGCAUGAGCUACUGCAAGAAAUCGCGUUGCGGUCAUCGAAGAGAUUUACCCUGACGCAUCAGUCAGACCCGGUGGAGUUCUUGUCCUGGUUCCUUAACAACCUACACCUGAGUCUAGGAGGGUCCAAGACGAGAGCGUUUUCGUCGAUCAUUCAGAAGACCUUCCAGGGAAAGCUGCGGGUGGAGUCGCAAGCCAUCACAGCGAAAUCCGAUACGACAGGAGAUCGUCUCAGAUUCGAGGAAUCGUCCACCAUCAACACAAAUAUCACCCCGUACCUCAUCCUCACGCUCGAUCUACCGCCCGUGCCGCUCUUCCGUGACGCAGUCGAGUCCAAGAACAUUAUUCCGCAGGUCCCUCUGACAUCCUUGUUACAGAAAUACAAUGGUUUGAAUGCUCUGGAAAGACAGUCGCAUCGGGUUCGACAUCGGCUGCUGCACCCGCUUCCGCCAUAUUUGUUGUUCCACGUGAAACGAUUCAGCGUCAACAAGUUCGUGUCGGAGAGAAAUCCGACCAUCGUGACAUUUCCCUCUCCUCGUGGGCUAGACAUGUCGCCUUAUGUCGAACCCAACCCGGCCGUCCACCCACCGGGAGAACCUAUAUACUACGAAAUGGUGGCCAACAUCAUCCUCGACACGACUUCUGUGUCUACCGGGGGCGGGGAGGAUUCGAAUGCAGCCGAUGCGGCGAACAAGGCUGUGGGAGCGACGGAGGGUCAAAAGGUGGCUUGGAAAGUCCAACUCAGAGACAAAGCUGCUGCGCACGCUCAACGAACAGAUCUGCCUGAGUGGCUGGAAAUUCAAGAUCUCUUCGUCGACCGAGCCGAGGCGGAAACCCUCUUCACAAGAGAGAGUUACCUUAUGGUGUGGGAGCGGCGAAAGGAGAAGCCCAAGAUGGCCAACGGAGCAGACAAAGGUAAAAGCAAAGCGUAG